AUGGAUGAAGCGAAUCACUCUGCAGUGUCAGAGUUCGUGUUCCUGGGACUCACUGAUUCCUGGGAGAUCCAAUUUCUCCUCUUUGUGGUCUCCACUACAUUUUAUGUGGCAAGCAUGAUGGGAAACUCCCUCAUUAUGCUCACGGUGACUUCUGACCCUCACUUACACUCCCCCAUGUACUUUUUGUUGGCCAAUCUCUCCUUCAUUGACCUGGGAGUUUCUUCUGUCACUUCCCCCAAGAUGAUUUAUGACCUUUUCAGAAAGCGUAAAGUCAUCUCCUUUAGGGGUUGCAUCACUCAAAUCUUCUUCAUCCAUGUCAUUGGUGGUGUGGAGAUGGUGCUGCUUAUCGCCAUGGCCUUUGAUAGAUAUGUUGCCAUAUGUAAGCCUCUCCACUACCUGACCAUCAUGAGCCCAAGAAUGUGCAUCUUCUUUUUAGUGGCUGCCUGGAUGACUGGCCUCAUUCACUCUAUGGUUCAACUGGCUUUUGUGGUAAACUUACCCUUUUGUGGUCCUAAUGUGUUGGACAGCUUUUACUGUGAUCUUCCUCGGUUCAUCAAACUUGCUUGCACAGACACCCACCGACUAGAGUUCAUGGUCACAGCCAACAGUGGAUUCAUCUCUGUUGGCUCCUUCUUCAUACUGAUAAUUUCCUAUAUCAUCAUCAUUCUCACUGUUCAGAAAUACUCUUCAGAUGGUUCAUCCAAAGCUCUGUCUACACUAUCAGCUCACAUCACUGUGGUAGUCCUGUUCUUUGGUCCUUUGAUAUUUGUUUAUGUGUGGCCAUCUCCCUCCACACACUUGGAUAAGUUUCUGGUAAUCUUUGAUGCAGUUCUCACUCCUUUCCUGAAUGCUAUCAUUUACACAUUCAGGAAUCAAGAAAUGAAGGUGGCAAUGAGGAGAGUAUGUGGACAGCUCGUGAAUUGCAGGAAGAUCUCUUAA